UUGAUCCCGAAGCGGUGUCACUACGUCGUUUCGCUGCGUCAUUUGGCUUCUGUAGCAGGAAUCCCUGUCUAUAAUAAUGGUUCUACUAAAUAGAGUCGAUUUCGAUCCUCCGAGUUAUUCUUCUAACAGUCCGCACAUACCAACCGCAGGAUAUGACUUCGACCUCCCUGCUUAUAGUCAGCACAGACCUGGAGACGACGUCUCGACACGCAGCACCCAUCAUAGAUACGAAUUAUAUACCAGCAAGCGGAAAGCAUGGGCGACUCUAGUAUUGCAAAGCCGUGCAAGAUCCGCAGAACAUAUACCUCUUUUCUGUCAAGGCGACAAUAUUGUGGGAUCCUUGGCUCUGGAAAUUGACAAGGAAGAUUCGAUUAAGAUGAUCAAAAUAACUAUGCAGGGUAAACUUCUGACAGGUCUAUCUUCGGAAUCCUGGGUUUUCUUGGAGGAAACCAAAAUCUUGUGGACCAGAGAAAUGGGAAAUCCACGGGCCUCUUCGCCAUCUUCCAACGAAGAAUAUCAUGGAAAACUGAUUGGUAAAUAUGACUGGGAAUUCUCUCUCCCAAUUCCUCCAGAAGUAGUCACGCCCCCUGGAAGCUCACCAUCCAUGGCUUCCCAGGAUUCUGGCCCUUUCCGUCUCCCACAAACCUUCCUUGAACGGAAUAUUCGGGCAGGAAUACAUUAUGAGCUAUCUGUCUCUAUUAAGCGUUCACGCUUCCACUCAAAUGCAAGGAUACAAACCCCGUUCAGUUAUGUACCUCUAAUACGUCCAGAUGCGCCAUCGCUGCUCCGUCAGCUUGCCUACCAGGAGAGCAGUUCUCUUCCCGGGCCUGAUGCAGACCCCGAUGGCUGGCAACAGAUUUCAUGCUUUACUGUGAAGGGCACGGUUUUCAAAGCCCGCGAAGUCCAAGUAGACGGUGUUGUUUCACUAGCCAAGCCGCUUUGUUACACUAGAGGGACAGUGAUACCUUGCAGCAUCACUCUUACUUCCGCAGACACUCAAGCUCUACAUCUUCUCGCCGUACCGUCUUGUAUUCCGAUACACCUUCGUAGACAUGUUAUGAUUACAAUGACUUCACGUCCAAUUCUCCCACCGAACUUCGGCAGCUAGGCACCAGGAAUGUUCAUAGGCGGUGGAGGAUUACCACCGAGGACCUUGGCAGAGGAGUGUGGUGGCCUGUCAGAGAAAAUG